GGGGUGCGCUCGGCGCAUGCGCGGCCCCGGGCGGGGGGCGCCCCCUGGCGGGCGGGGGCGGGGCGGCUGACGGGGGGGAGGAGGAAGAGGAGGGGGAGGGGGAGGAAGGCGGCCGGCGUCGCUUCGACGGGGUCCCCGAAAGGCUCUGAGGUGGUUUGUGUCAGCGGAGCAGCGCCGUGAGUUUUCCCAGCCCUAACGAUUCUAUGAUCUGCUCCUGUUUCAGCCCUCGGCUGCCCUCAGGAGGAGGAGGAGGAGGAGGAGGAGGAACGGGAAGAAGGGUAGAGCAGCCCUAGCAGACGCAAGGCGAAAGAAUGCUGUACAACUGCCUUGAAGAGGAGAAUCGUACCAGUUCCAGGAAAGAGACAAAUGAAGGUGAUUUGAAGGCAUUUUGGACCCAAAUGGGAAAUAGAAGAGUAGACAUCAUAUUUGAGCAGGUGCAAGAAGUCCUGCUGUUGCUAAAGGAAAAGAUCAAGAAUGGAACUGCCACAAACCAAGAAUGCUGUCAGGCUUGGGCACUGGUGAACGAAGCUAAUCUAGGGGAUCUUUUGACUUUGACAAAUGCAAGCGAAGUGGUUGAUGGAGAUGGUGCACAGGAAAUCAAACCUAAAUUGCAUCAGCUUCUUACAGAUGCCAGCACUGCAAACUCGGCAGAAGGUUCUCAAAGCAAAAAGGAGAAGAUGGAAAAAUUGGAUUCAGGGAGCAAGGAAGCAUCUAGUGAAAUUCGAUGUGUACCUUUAAGCCCCCAGUAUCAGAACCACAAGUGCUCUAGUGCGUGUCUCACCAACAGAGCAGUAAGCUCCUACAAAGGUGAAAAUCCUCUGAAGAUCCCAAUCCUGCUUCACUUUGAAAGACGCCACGCAAAAGCAGACUGCCUUUCGAAAACACUGGAUGUGAAUUACAAAGCUCCUUGUGGCAGGAGUCUGAGAAGCUUUCAAGACGUGCAAAAUUACCUCUUUGAAACGGAAUGCAAUUUCUUAUUUAUUGAUCACUUCUCUUUCAACACGUACGUACUGCUGGGCAGGAACACUGUAAAUCCCAAACCCCUUGUGUAUGACUUUGAUAUCAGCAAUGGAGCUGAGUCUGUGCCCGUCUCCUUCUGUAAUGAUAUUGACCGCGCGCGAUUACCUUAUUUUAAAUAUCGGAGGGCAUCGUGGCCCCGUGGGUAUUAUCUCAACAAUUUAUCCACCAUGUUUCUUGACUCGUGUGACUGCACAGAUGGCUGCAUCGAUAGGUCAAAAUGUGCAUGCCUACAGCUAACUGCAAGAGGCUGUCAUAAAGUUUCUCUGUCUCCAAGUACUAAAACUUCUCAUGGAUACAGCUAUAAAAGACUGGAAGGGCCUGUUCCUAGUGGAAUCUAUGAGUGUAGCGUGUCAUGCAGGUGUGACAAGAUGAUGUGUCAGAACAGAGUUGUACAGCAUGGCAUUCAAGUUCGCCUGCAGGUGUUCAACACAGAGAAGAAGGGUUGGGGCGUCCGCUGCCUAGAUGAUAUUGACAAGGGGACAUUUGUUUGUACUUACUCAGGCAGAUUAAUGAGCAGAACUGAAGCUCAAGUAUUGGGAGGUGCCAGUCAAGACAAGAAAGAGGAGAGUGCUGUGAAUGACAGCAGGCACGGCUUUUUUUCCAAAAAAAGGAAACUUGACUCUAGUUGCUCAGAUUCUGAGAUUGAACUAGUGCAGACUGUCAAAGAUCAUGUUCUUGAGAAGCAGGAAUCUUUGUCUCAGACUGUGGAUAAUGAAGAUGAAUCAUCUGAAGUUCACCCAAGGAAUUCGAGUGUUGCAGCGGUGAGAAGGCCUGGAACUAGAGUAGCUGUUGUUCGUAAUCGCCAGCUACAAAUGGAAGUUGAUGCACUGGUGCACAGUGCCAGCUCAGAUGAAGAUAAUAGUUCUCAGCCUCAUCAGUCAAGCAAAACAAAACUAACCAGUGGAACAAAGAAAGGAAAAAGAUCCAUUCAGCAGCAGAAGGAAGACCAUACCACGAAAACUGGACAGGCUGAGCCUGCUGACACGGACAGUGCAGAAUGCAAAAGAAAGAGUGUCUCUCUGCAGGGUGUUGCUUGCGGCAAGUCGGAUGUGCUGAGUGACACGCGUGUUAUGAGGCCAUCCAAAAAUGUUCCCCAAAAAGCCAACCACAAAGAGGAGAAUUGCAGGCAGUCAAAACAAGGCACGUUUUGCAAGGAGGCUGACAGUGAUGGGUCGCUUCUGAAGAAUGCUAACGAAGAAAAUAUUUAUAUACUGGAUGCCACGAAAGAAGGGAAUGUGGGUCGUUUUCUUAACCACAGUUGCUGCCCAAAUCUGUUUGCACAGAGCGUGUUUGUAGAGACUCACAACAGAAGUUUCCCAUGGGUGGCUUUCUUCACAAACAGGCAUGUGAAAGCUGGAACCGAACUCACGUGGGAUUAUGGUUAUGAAGCUGGAAGCAUGCCAGAGAUGGAGAUUUCCUGCCAGUGUGGAGUUCAGAUGUGCAGGAAAAAAACCUUAUAGGUCAAGCUUUUCUACUGUCAACACUUCAUGUACCUGGACAUUUAUAUGCUGGAAGGGACUAUACAGUGAACAGUGCACUUAAACAAACCUGUGGUGCUAACUAUAUUGAACAAAAAUGCCUUUUAUCUGAUUGUUUUUUAAACUUAGAGUUAAUUUGCAUUUUUAUGGUUUACAGGAAUAGAAAUAUCUGUCUUAAGAACAGG